AUGCAGUCACUGUUUUGGAAAAAGUCACCUUUCGGAAGACAUUAUAUGAGCUUCGGGAAAACCGCAAAAUUAAGCCAGGUGCUCGCGACGAUGAUUUCUAAUCUUGCUUAUCAACAUCGGUUUGGCUCGUUUUUCACAGAGCCGUUAGUUGCUGGCCUUGAUCCAGAUACUAAUAAGCCAUACAUUUGCGGAAUGGAUACAAUUGGUUGCAUUGCUGCUCCAAAUGAUUUUGUUGCUGUUGGCACGGGUCAAGAGUACUUACUUGGGGUGUGCGAAACAUUCUGGAAGGAGAACAUGAGCCCCGAAGAGUUGUUUGAGGCUACUGCGCAAUCGAUGCUUGCCUGCUUAGAGAGAGAUGCUGCUUCAGGAUGGGGAGUUGUCAUUUAUACAGUCACUAAAGAUAAGGUGCAUACACCUUUCAAGCGCUUUCAAAUUCAAUUUGCGUUUUGA